AAUAUCAAUGGUACUGGCAACUGCAAACUGCCGUUCUCGAACCUCGUGCUCGGGCUAAACCUGGCUGUAUAUUCCGAAUUGGAUCCGUACAAAUGGCUUUACCGUUCAACGCUGCUCCGACGUCGUCGAAGGAGGAUCUUUCGAAGAGAGCUCGGAAACCUUACACCAUCACCAAGUGCAGAGAGAGCUGGACUGAGCCUGAGCACGAUAAGUUCCUCGAAGCUAUUCAACUGUUUGAUCGAGACUGGAAGAAGAUUGAGGCGUUUGUUGGAUCCAAGACUGUCAUUCAGAUACGUAGUCAUGCCCAGAAGUACUUCCUGAAGGUUGAGAAGAGCGGGACAGGCGAACACUUGCCUCCUCCUCGACCUAAGAGGAAAGCUGCUCAUCCAUAUCCUCAAAAAGCUUCAAAAAUCGAUCUUGCACUCGUGUCACUGCCAUUACAGCCACCAUCUGUUGAACCGGAAUGCAUUACAAAGCCAGAUUCCUCUUCGGUUCCUGUGAGUUUUGUUUCUGCUGCUGCCAUGCCUUCCAGGGCGGAUCAUUCUAUCCAGACUGCCAAUUUCUCUCAAACUGCAAGAGGGGAAGUUAAACAAAAUAACUGUAGCAUUACAAGAACACGUUUUCCAACUAAAUCAUCAAGCAUCGAGGAAAAUAACAGCCUCCCGUUGAGAGUUCUGCCAGAUUUUGGUCAGGUUUAUAACUUCAUUGGCAGCGUGUUCGACCCAACAGCCAUAGAUCAUUUGCAGAGGUUAAAAAAGAUGGACCAAAUAGACGUCGAAACUGUACUUUUGCUGAUGAGAAACUUGGCUAUUAAUCUGUCCAGCCCUGACUUCGAGGAUCAUAAAAGGGUACUAUCAUCAUAUGAUGCGUUCAUGGAACAUGGUCUUGUAUUGCUGUUGAAUAUUUUCGCCCACUGGCCACUAUUACUUGUAGAGCAAGAGGGAAGGGGAGGAAUUGAUGGCCAUUCUGCACACCUCUCUACUACCUGCUUUCCGAGCAUAUGUAUAGUUCUAAGUUUUGACAUAGAAACUAUGGUGUAUCCAUCCUAAUAAUAAAAGUAUCGUAUUUUUCUA